AUGGCGUCGGCAGGAGUGAAAUUUGGUGGUGCCGUGAGGGAAGUACGGAUUCACUUGUGCCAGAAGUGUGAAGGCAGCAAAGGUGUGCGAGAUUUUUUGACGAAGGACUACGUCGGAAUCAAGAAAGCUAAUCCGAAUUUUCCUAUUCUUGUUCGAGAAUGUUCAGGCGUCGUCCCAAAGAUUUGGGCCCGAUUUGAUCGAGGGAAGGAGAAGGUGGUUGUGGUGGACAAAAUGACACAAGAUCAAGUCAAGAUUGCCUUGAUCAGUGUUACCCGCCAGUGAUAUUCAUUCGACCCCUGUGUUUAGUUGCGGGUUUUCUAGAUUGCAUAGUUACACGUCGUUCAAUUAAAAAUGAAUUUGAUCCUUGUGUGUUCCAUCUUA